CAUUUUUAUCAUGUGAUUUAUUUCCCCUCCCAAUCCCCCACUUUUGGAGGGAUACAAAAUUGAGUUAUGAGGGAAUUUGGUCCCUUCCAUUCCCCUUCCUUCCAAAAGUUUGAACCAAACAAAAUAAAUUUUUAAAAGCCCCUCCCCUCCCCUCCCCUCCCCUCCCGUCCAACCAAACAAUUGCUUACCUUCCGCUCAAAUUAUUUUAGAGGAAAAAGUAUAUAUUUGGAAAACUUGAUAGCGGUUACUAUCCAUUCAUUCGUUUCACCAGCAAGCUAGGGUUUAUGGUUCUGAUUUGAAUCAGCCAAACUAGCAACUCAAUUACAAGUUAUCUGAAUGUCUAAUUCAACUGAUGAGAUGUUGAUUCCGCCGAAUGCGAAGAGAGGAAGGAACAGUGAGAAUGAAAAUGAAGACAACAAAGACAGGCUCAGUGACCUUCCUGAUGGCAUUCUCCUUCACAUUUUAUCAUUUAUGAAUGCCAAAUAUGCAGUUCAAACAUGUAUCUUAUCGGCUAGAUGGAAGGAUCUCUGGAAACACCUUCCAACCCUUAUGUUAUGCUCCUCAAAUCCCAAGCAUUUCACCAAAUUUGUGUCUACAAUUUUGACUCUUCGGGAUGGCUCAACUGCACUGCACGGACUUGAUUUUUAUAGUAUUAGUCCCAUGGAGCCUCAGUUCGUCAAAAAGACAUUAGACUACGCCGUUUCUCACAAUGUCCAGCGAUUAGAAAUGAAUGUUAAUUGUGACAUGCAGCACCUGCUACCUUGCAUUUUCACAUGUCAUACUUUAACAUCUCUUAAGCUCACAGUCAGUGGUCGGCGCACCUUAUUUCCUAAACAUCUGAAUUUGCCAGCAUUAACCACCUUGCAUCUGGUGAAUUUCACCUUUUGUUCAAGCGGCAGCGACAGUGCCCGUGCCGAUCCAUUUUUGCUGUUUAACAGGUUGGAGAGUUUGAUUAUGGAUCGAUGUGACCUAAAGGAUGCACAAAUCCUCUGCAUAUCAAGCAAAACACUCGUCAAUUUAACUUUGCGUUAUCCUCUUUUGUACAUCUACACAAUUGAGCUAUCCGCACCAUGUCUUUAUAGGUUCACUUGCACAUAUUUUCCUUCUCAGUUCUUCUGUGGGAGCGGUCUUCCUUCUGUUAAGGAAGUGAAUAUUGAUGCAAAACUGUUUUUAGAUGAAAGGGAGCCUCCCUUGAUUCUACUUACCUGGCUGCAAGAUCUUGUUAAUGUAAGAUUAUUGACUGUUACUACAAGUACUCUUCAGGUUCUCUUCUUAGUUCCUCAUUUAUUGAAGAUUAAGCACUCUUCAUUGGCUAACUUGAAGAGAUUGAUAAUAAGACAAGAACAACUUUCACUUAAGCUGAGAAUGAUAAUGAGGAGUGCGAGGUUAGAGAGAGCAGCUACUGUGUCACUGGAAGAAGCUGCCAAGUUGCGGAAAGAAGCUGCCAUGUUAUUGGAAACACUAUUUGACCGAACUGCACCUUUACCCCCUUUACCUGAUGGAAUAGUGAACUUUUUGAUUCAAAACUCGCCUUCAGCAGAAGUUGAAAUCAUAGAUUGCUUAAUUUGAACCAAUUCAACUUUUUGAAGGUAAUAUGAUAUGGUUUUUGCUUCCUUCCUCGUUCUGUAGUUUCUCGCGUUUACUGAAAGAGUGUUAUUGGUGUUUUGAUGAGAACAAGAAAAUACUAAUUCUUAAAUGUUGAAGUAACAUUAGAAGUAGAAUCUGAGUGCGGUUAAUUAUUUGUUUUUGUCAAUUUUGCUAUAUUUUAUUUCAACAUUUGUUCUGGUUAAAGAAAAACAAUAAAUACAACAUUGGAUCAAUUUGAUUAGAUUCUUUUUAAUAUUUUGAAGGAUGAGGUACAUAACGACCUGGUAUUUUCUUGCCUAUAGUUUCCUUCUAUAAAUGAGAAACAAACCUUUUACUAACUUGACA